AAAAAAUGUUUCAAAUUCCACUCAAACACAUCCAAACUGACCUAUCUGAAAACCCUAGAGUACCAAAUCUUACGACAAACCCUCUAAACUCUUCUUACAAGUUAAAAGACUUCUAUAAAGAUAAAACCAUACUUCUAACAGGGACUACAGGAUUUAUUGGAAAAGUACUGCUGGAAGCAGUCCUGAGGAAGUUGAGUGGGUUCAAGAAAUUGUAUAUUUUGGUGAGACCAAAACAAAAGUCCGGAUUCUCCUUAAUGGAAAGAGUGAACAACGAGAUUAUUGGCUCAAAAUGAUUUGCAAGGUGGAAGAAUGAGAAUCCUGACUGGCAAGAGGUGGUUAGCAGGAUAGUACCUGUAGCAGGGGAUUUGGUCAAGGAGGGAUUGGCAUUGAGCGAGGAAGAUAGGAUGAUGAUAAUUGAAGAUUGACAGAUUGUUAUUAACAUUGCAGCUUCUGUGGAUUUCAACUCUCGUCUCGAUCAAGCAAUUGAGAUUAACAUUGACGGAGCUUUACGUAUGCAGCAGCUUGCUAAAGACUGUAAGAAUAUCGAGUGUUACACCCACAUGUCUACUUGCUAUGUCAAUUCCGACAAGAAAGGGUACAUAGAAGAGAAAAUCUAUGACGUCACCUUUGAUGUUGAGCAGCAUAUAAAUCAUCUCAAGACCUUAUCUGUAGAGGAUAUCGAAAAGCAAACCCCAGACAUUCUUGGAAAUUUCCCUAACACCUAUACAUUUACUAAAUCAAUGGGAGAGAGAUUACUCAAAAAGCACAGAGGAAGCUUGCCAAUGCUCAUUAUUAGACCCUCUAUUGUUGGAAGUAGCUACAAAGAACCUUAUCCUGGUUGGGUAGAUAACAUCUCUGCAGCAGGUGCUAUAGUCUUCUUCUGCGGCCUUGGGAUCAUUAGAGAUGGUAUUGGUAAUAUCAAUGUCGUAGGAGAUCUUAUACCAGUUGAUUACGUGGUCAAUGCAACACUUGUCGGCACUGCGUACCAAGCUAAUAAAGAUUCACUGAUUGUACACAAUUCAGGAACUUCUGGAUCAGCCAAUCCCAUACUUUGGGGAGUUUUUGUGAAAAGUAUUGAAAGAUAUUUCACCAGCUAUCCUUAUGAGCAGCAGGUUAACCCCCCUCAUGGUAGAUUCCAUCCAAACAAAAGGCAGUACGAGUUCUGGUAUUUUCUAAGAAGCAAAAUUCCAGAAAAGUUUUUUGAAGCUCUAUCCAAGAUAACAUUUAGUAAGAACAUGCAGAAAAAUGUCAGCAAACUUAAGAAGGUAAAUCAGAAGGGAAAGAUGGUGAGUUACCUUCUUGCCCAUUUUACCUGCAACGAAUGGAUCUUUGACCAGCCGAUAUUAAAGCAAUUUCAAGAAUCCCUCUCAUUUGAGGACCAAGAGCAGUUUUAUACAGAUCCCAGUGACAUUGUUUGGAAGCACUAUGUAUACCUCUACUGAUACGGAAUGCAAACUUUUGUACUCAAGCAAAGAGGAGUGCCGAUCCCAGAUCAGGACUUUGACAACUUGAUUGCUAAGAGAAGAGUCAGAACCUACUUCGAUGACAUUCUCUGGGCUACAAAUCGAGGCAAGAUUGGAGUAACCAGGAGUUAUAAAGAGGCCAUUAACACAAUUGUCAACUCGCCUUCUGUCAUUAAGGCGGUGUAUGAAUACAUCUCAACCGCUAAGUUCAAGAAUUACUCUGAAGAGGAAGCUUAUAAGAAGGCCACAGACCAAGCCAAGGAAUUUGCACAAGAAAUUUGCUCUAAAAUUGGAAAAGGAUAUGUUAAAUCAGCCGCUUGGGCAAGCCAUAAAAUCUUGAAGAGGGUUUAUGACAAGAUUAUUGUGGAUAUGAAGGACCUGAAAAAGAUCAAGGAGCUACAGGAGACGUCAAAGAACCCUAUACUACUAAUGCCUACUAGGAAAUCCUAUACCGACAUGCUCUUGAUUGGGUACAUCUUCUUUGCGAAUGAGAUGGAUCAACCUUUCUUCAGUACUCCAAUUCAAUACAUGGAGAUCAAGCUUUUGAAUAGAAUCUUCAGGCACUGUGGAAGCUUCUAUGUCAGAGAAGAUGAGCAAAACAUUCUGUACAAAGCAAUCUUGAGGGAGUACUUCUCCUUGCUCAUGUCUGAUAAGAAGACUAUUUCUGUUUCCAUGGAAGAGACCAGAGAGAAAUCAGGAAUGCAGGUGAAGGCCAAUAUUAAUGUUCUGGAGUCAGUUCUGAGCUCGUUUUUCGAAGGCAAGACUCGAGAUAUUGACAUCAUUCCUAUGACAAUCAACUAUGAUCGAAUCUUGGAAGGGGAAACAUUCCCAUAUGAGUUGGUUGGAGAACAAAAGGUCAAGGAAUCCCUCUCUAGAUUCGUAGCCUCAGCCAGGUAUAUUGGAACUCCUUUUGGCAAAGCAUGUGUGAACUUUGGUUCAAAAAUUUCUUUAAAAGAAUAUGUUGAAAAUAUGGGGAUUCAGCAGCACCAAGUUAUUAAUCUCUCAGAUAUUGAACAAAAUGAGGUUAUCAAGAGCCUGACAAGGACUAUCCACGAGUGUAAUUCUGAGUUAUCAGUGAUCAUGUCAACAGCUCCAUUAGCAUCAGUGCUCCUGCAGAACAGAAAGGGUAUCUCCCAAGAAAAUCUAAGCAAGUCUCUUGAGUACGUUUAUGAAGAAUUAAGCGCUCGGAAUGCAGUAUUUGCUGAGAAAUCUACUCUGAAUGGAGACCUCUCAUCGUCUAUGACCUUGCUAGGAGAGUUUGUCAAGAAGAAGAGAGAUGUUUUUGAGCCGAUGGUAUCUCCAAAAGUUGACUACAAAAACAUUCUCAUGCUUGCGUACUAUAAAAACUCGCUAGUUCAUAUUUUCUUGAAGGAGAUGAUUAUUGGAGUCUCUUUCCUUGGCUUCGGCAAGGACACCAUCAAAUUAUCAGGCGUCUCUAAGGAGAGAGUUUGGAACAAAGUGCAGUUCUUAUCUAAGAUGCUCGAUGGUGUCUUCGUUCAGGAUUCCAUAAAAAUUACGGAUUACGACGAUUUUGAGAAAACCCUAAAACUUAUGGAGGAACGAAAGAUUUUGUACUUAGAAGAUGAUUUGAUGAAGUAUGAGACUCCUCAUAAUGGCCAGAACGGGCUUCUGUUCCUGUGCAGUCUCAUAUGGCCAUUUAUUGAUACUUUCUGGCUAACAAUGGUGUAUAUUUACACGCUCUUCCCAGAGAACCACGUCACUAAAGAAAAAGUCUUGAGUAAAAUCCAGUGGUUUGCAGAGAGCUUAUAUGAGGACAACAUCGUGCUGCACUAUGAGAGCUGUUCGUUCGAUAUCAUUACCAAAGCUCUAGAAUACUUUAAAUCCAAAGGAAUCAUCAUCAUCGAAGAAAGAGAGGGUGAGGGCCUGUGCUACUGUUUGGACCCAGUCUAUAGGGUUGAUGAGGAGUCUCUCCAGAACAUAUUUGAGGAGAUAACUUUCUACAAGAAAUUAUCCCUGAUAAAAUUCACUAAUUUGAAGACUGACAUCCAGAAGACGAUGCUUGGAGAUUUCCCCAUGAUGUCUAAUAUUUAAUUGAUUUUGGGUAAAUGCCAGCUCA